AAGGUCUAAACAGCUUUGUGUGUCGUUGUUGUAUGUGUAAUACUAGAGUGUAGGCUUAACCGUAAUAAUAACACAGUGAAAUACGUUGAUACUGGAACAGAAACUACCGUUAAUUGGUAUUUUUAGAGUAAUCAAAAUAUAUUUUUGUUUUGCUUAGUAGUACUGCGUCAUACAACAAUGUCAAUUGGUGUCCCAAUUAAAGUUUUACAUGAAGCUGAAGGUCAUAUUGUAACAUGUGAGACAAACACGGGAGAAGUAUACCGAGGAAAAUUGGUGGAAGCCGAAGACAACAUGAAUUGUCAAAUGUCUAACAUUACUGUAACUUACCGUGACGGAAGAGUAGCACAAAUGGAGAAUGUAUACAUCAGAGGGAGCAAAGUAAGAUUUUUGAUAUUGCCUGAUAUGCUCAAAAAUGCUCCUAUGUUCAAAAAAACUGGAAGUAAAGGGGCUGCAGCUGCAGCCGGAAGAGGAAAAUCUGCGAUAUUACGUGCUCAAGCUGCCAGAGGGAGAGGAAGAGCUCGGCCAAUUUUCCAAAGAAGAAAGUAAUUCCCCAAGAUUGAACUUUCAGUGGAAUAGGACUCCACGUCGUCUCAAGCUAUCGUGUAUGAAUUUUAUGUCGAUGAAUUUAUGUAAUUUGAAUCAUUCACAGCAUUUCAUUAAAAACUAGUGAAUAAACCAGUGUUUUAAAUAA